GCAUACACUCAUCAAAAAAAAAAAUUUGGAUUAUUAGAAGAGAGAGGUCUGUGGCUUCCACGCCGUGGUUUUUCUUCUCGGUAUAAAAGCAAAGUUGUUUUUGAUAUGUGACAGUUUCCCACAAGCCAGGCUGAUCCUUUUCUGUCAGUCCACUUUGCCAAGCCUGCCCUCAGGCAAGGACCCAAUGCCCAACUCCAGGCCAGCCAAGCCUCCGGCCCCUUCCUUGGCCCUUGGUCCGUCCCCAGGAGCCUCACCCAGCUGGAGGGCUGUGCCCAAGGCCUCAGAUCUGCUGGGGGCCAGGGGCCCAGGAGGAACCUUCCAGGGCCGGGACCUCCGAGGCGGGGCCCAUACCUCCUCCUCCUCCUCUUCCUUGAACCCCGUGCCACCAUCGCAGCUGCAGCUGCCCACAGUGCCCCUAGUCAUGGUGGCACCCUCCGGGGCACGGCUGGGCCCCUCACCCCACUUGCAGGCACUCCUCCAGGACCGACCACACUUCAUGCACCAGCUCUCAACAGUGGAUGCCCACGCCCGGACCCCUGUGCUGCAGGUGCACCCACUGGACAGCCCCACCAUGAUCAGCCUCCCACCACCCACCGCCACCACCGGGGUCUUCUCCCUCAAGGCCCGGCCUGGCCUGCCACCUGGGAUCAACGUGGCCAGCCUGGAGUGGGUGUCCAAGGAGCCAGCACUGCUCUGCACCUUCCCAAGUCCCGGUGCACCCAGGAAGGACAGCGCUCUUUCAGCCGUGCCCCAGAGCUCCUACCCACUGCUGGCAAAUGGCGUCUGCAAGUGGCCUGGAUGCGAAAAGGUCUUCGAGGAGCCAGAGGACUUCCUCAAGCACUGCCAGGCGGACCAUCUCCUAGACGAGAAGGGUAGGGCACAAUGUCUCCUCCAGAAAGAGGUGGUACAGUCUCUGGAGCAGCAGCUGAUGCUGGAGAAAGAGAAGCUGGGUGCUAUGCAGGCCCACCUGGCCGGGAAAAUGGCCCUGACCAAGGCGCCAUCUGCGACAUCAUCCGACAAGAGCUCCUGCUGUAUUGUAGCGGCUGGCACCCAGGGCACUGUCGUCCCAACCUGGCCCAGCCCCCGCGAGAACCCCGACAGCCUCUUUGCUGUGCGGAGGCACCUGUGGGGCAGCCAUGGAAACAGCACUUUCCCAGAGUUCUUCCACAACAUGGACUACUUCAAGUUCCACAACAUGCGGCCCCCUUUCACCUAUGCCACCCUCAUCCGCUGGGCCAUCCUGGAGGCUCCCGAGAAGCAGCGGACACUCAACGAGAUCUACCACUGGUUCACACGCAUGUUUGCCUUCUUCAGAAACCACCCUGCCACUUGGAAGAACGCCAUCCGCCACAACCUGAGCCUGCACAAGUGCUUCGUGCGGGUGGAGAGCGAGAAGGGAGCCGUGUGGACCGUGGAUGAGUUCGAGUUCCGCAAGAAAAGGAGCCAGAGGCCCAGCAGGUGUUCCAACCCUACACCCGGCCCUUGAGCUCAAGACCAAGGAAAGAAGGAAGGACAGGGGCCAAGAUGGGGGCAGAGGUGGCAGGUAGCAGGGGUGACAGGUCCUGGACAUGCCCAUAGGGAGGAAGUGAGGUGUCCACUGUCUUGCUUUCCAGAGCCCCUGUUUCCCAGCCGGCAGCCCUCCUGGGUCAUAUCCUCUGUCCCCAGACUGCUCAGAGGGGGCCCAGUCCCGGCCCCAGCCCCCACCUCCACCCUGCCCCACCCCACCCGAGAUGGGCCCGCCAGCCAAACGGAGCCUUCACAACCAGCCAUACACAGCCUGCCUCAGCCACUCUCACAGAUGACCUCAGGGCUGGAAAAGUCACAGACACAGACUGUCACAAUCCUGGCCC